UGAGGAGAGGAGAGGCCUGCUGCCUCUGCUUUGCUGUUCCUCUCUUACAUAUACACUAACCCCCAAAACACACGAAAAUAUAAAGUUUUUAAUUUUUUAACUUUCUGGCAAAGUUGUCUGCUUUUGUGUUCCCACAAAAAGGAUAGAAAGUUUUAGGUUCUUGAGCUUUCUCUCUCGAGCUAAACACCCACACGAGCGCCUCGAUUCCUCAUUUCCAACUUUUUUCACAUUUAUUCUCUCUUCUCUGCUUUACUUUAAUUUCCACCGAUCCGUUUUCUCGAUUCUGACCCCCUUUUUCGCAUCGUUUUGUUAAGUUGAAGAACAUUACAAGAACUGUGUUUUGUCUGAUCUGUUAAAUUCUUUUUCCUAAGCUCUGAAAAGAAAUUCAACGCGGUUUUGAUCUGGUCAAGGUCUCGAUUGAGAUAAAAAUCAGCAGUUUUUUAGGGAGGGGUUUAUGGUUUGACUGAAACACUUGAUUAAAAUGGGUUGUGAAGUUUCCAAGCUAUGUACAUUCUGUUGCCUUUCAGAGCCUCAAGAAUCCAAUCGUGGACUCACCAGCUCUGGUGGUGAUGAUAGGAUAGGUGGUGAAGGGAACGAUGUGCCUCAGUUUCGUGAAUUCUCUAUAGAGACGCUAAGGAACGCUACGUCAGGGUUUUCUACAGAGAAUAUAGUAUCAGAGCAUGGUGAGAAAGCUCCCAAUGUUGUCUACAAAGGGAAGUUGGAUAAUCAGAGACGUAUCGCUGUCAAGAGGUUUAACAGGAAAGCUUGGCCUGAUUCUCGUCAGUUCCUGGAGGAAGCUAAAGCUGUUGGUCAGUUAAGGAACUAUAGGAUGGCUAAUCUGCUUGGAUGUUGUUAUGAAGGUGAAGAGAGACUUCUUGUUGCUGAGUUUAUGCCUAAUGAAACUUUGGCUAAGCAUCUUUUCCACUGGGAGUCACAACCGAUGAAGUGGGCAAUGAGACUAAGAGUAGCUUUACAUAUUGCUCAAGCUUUGGAGUACUGUACAGGCAAAGGGCGUGCACUCUACCAUGACCUUAAUGCUUAUAGAGUUCUCUUUGAUGAUGACUCGAAUCCAAGGCUUUCUUGCUUUGGUCUGAUGAAAAAUAGUAGGGAUGGUAAGAGUUAUAGUACCAACCUGGCUUUCACUCCUCCUGAGUAUCUCAGAACAGGUCGCGUGACACCAGAAAGUGUGAUGUACAGUUAUGGAACUCUGUUGCUUGAUCUUCUCAGUGGAAAACACAUUCCUCCAAGCCAUGCGCUGGACCUCAUAAGGGACAGGAACAUUCAAAUGUUGAUAGACUCAUGUUUGGAGGGUCAAUUUUCAAGUGAUGACGGGACUGAACUGGUACGGUUAGCUUCUAGAUGCUUACAGUAUGAGCCUCGAGAACGGCCUAACCCAAAAUCUCUAGUCACUGCAAUGAUCCCUCUUCAGAAGGAUCUUGAGACUCCUUCACAUCAACUAAUGGGCAUACCAAGCAGUGCCUCAACAACGCCUCUUUCACCACUCGGAGAAGCAUGCCUAAGAACUGACCUAACUGCCAUACAUGAGAUUGUUGAAAAACUUGGUUAUAAAGAUGAUGAGGGAGCAGCCACAGAGCUUUCGUUCCAGAUGUGGACCAACCAGAUGCAGGACUCGCUGAACUUCAAGAAAAAGGGUGAUGUUGCUUUCAGGCAUAAAGACUUUGCAAAUGCUGCUGAAUGUUAUUCUCAGUUUAUAGAGGGUGGGACAAUGGUUUCACCAACUGUUUAUGCAAGGAGAAGUCUGUGUCACCUGAUGAAUGAGAUGCCUCAAGAGGCGUUGAAUGAUGCAAUGCAAGCCCAAGUGAUAUCUCCCGCUUGGCAUAUCGCAUCUUAUCUUCAAGCUGUAGCUCUCACAGCUCUAGGACAAGAGAACGAAGCACACGCUGCUCUUAAAGACGGAUCAAUGCUCGAAAGCAAAAGAAACGCUCUAUGAUUAUGAUAACAAAAAAAAAAGAGGAAAACAAGAGAAAAAACAGCUCGUAGGCUUUGCAGAAUAUGAUCAAAACCCACCACCAUCUUCCUCAUAAGUAGAUAGGAGCCACUAAACGGCUCUCAUAUUGUGUGCAUCCUCAUCACUGGUCAGUUUCGUAGUUCCCUCUUUUUUUUUUCAAAUACUGGAUGAUGCAUUCAUUUGCAAAUUGGACUCUCUUUUUUUUUUUUGUGUGUUUUCUGUUACUGGCAUGAACAUUUCCCUAUUAUACAGAAGAAAAAGUUGCCUACUUUGAUUAUGGACUGGGAAUGGUGUGAUUGUGGAUUUUCUUUGGUGGGUUCCGUGCUUUGUAAUCAAUGUUUUGUAAUAACAAAUAACAUGUAUGUAAACUUUGUAUUUUGGCUUUUUGAUGAUCUUUUGAAUUUUGCAUAUCAGAGAUGUUCUUGUUUA